CGAUACCUAGCUUGAAACGGCAUCCCUCUACCAAAGAUCGCAUAUUAUCUAUACAUAAAGGCACAAACAAACGUUACCUAACCAGUUAAAUUAUAUUCAUUGUGGUGUUCGCACGUGAGACCGCGAUCAGUGUAGCGUUAAAGUUUGCCGCGAUGUUCGUAACUUGGACGCUGUUGGCGUUUGUGAGUGCCGCCGCCGCGCGCUCCGCCUCGCCUAUCGACUUUACACCAGUCAAUGAAUUCUCACUACAGUUACUAGAAAACACUUACGCUUUUCAAGAAAAUUUCGGAACUAAAAACAUUGCUCUAUCACCUCUUUCCAUCUGGAGCAUUUUCUCGUUGCUCGCUGAAGGUUCCUCAGGCGAAACGUUUUCGGAAUUAGUGAGUGCAUUGAGAUUGCCAAAGGAUUUGAGGAAAACGCAAUGCCUGCAUUCUGCUGCCAACGAUGUGUUGAGGUCGCAGUAUGAUGAUGUUAUUGUCAAAGGACAAUCGGCCAUGUUCACUGAAUGUUCGACUAAAGUGCAUGAGGAGUUCUGCCAGUCAGCUCUGCGAUACGACACGUCUAUUUAUUCAGCUGAAACUCAGAAUGCAACUGAACUCGCUCACGAUAUAAACUUAUUCAUAUGUUACUCUACUGACGGAAGGAUCUUAAACGCAGUGAAACCCCAAGAUUUGGAGAACUUACAAAUGGUGUUGAUUGAUGCUCUAUAUUUCAAAGCGAAUUGGACUCACCCCUUCGAUCCUACACAAACCAAAGUCGAGGCUUUUUACAACUCUCAGGGAAAGACAAUAGGAUCAGUUAACAUGAUGUAUCACAAAGCACCUCACCAACUAGGAGAUUCCAACGAACUUGGCGCUGAAAUCCUCGAAAUGACAUACGGAAAGAACGAAGAAUUCGCAAUGCUGAUCCUUCUACCAUACGACGGGACAUCAAUCAAAACUCUACUUAAUAACUUAGCGACGAAGUCCCAAAAUUGGAUGACAACCUUCAGGAUAGAGGGCAGUUUACCGUCUAUAGACACAUACAUACCUAGGUUUAGACUAUCAUCAAGACAAGACUUAAUCCCGCCGAUGAUGUAUACAGGAAUACACUCGAUAUUCGACAGGCAGAGAGCUAAGCUACCGGGUAUCGCUGACAAUCCUUUGUACGUGACGUCAUCGAUUCAAAAUGUGGAGGUUGAGGUUAAUGAAGAAGGUACAGUUGCUGCGGCUGCGACAGUCGUUGGCUUAGAAGACAGGAUCUUAGGACAAAGGUUUGAGGCGAACAAAGAGUUUGUAUUCCUAAUCGUGCAGCGAAGUUGUAACGUGAUUUUGUUCGCGGGAGUGUAUGGCGAGCCAUCUGUUGUGUAGCGUAAAAGUGUCUCGAGUGUUUCAAAUAUUUUUAGAAGGAAAAAUAGUCGAAAAGUAAUAGAAAUGAGAAUUGUUAUUAUAUGAGUACGAUACCGGCAAAAUCCUUUGUGAUGAAUUAGAAA